UCGUGACAGCAGAUCUGCAGUUCUCAGUUGAGGCACACAGGCCUGCAGGGAAGUGCCCCUUCUCCUCUUCUCUCCUCUCCGGCAGCCAUGGCUCUCCUGUCCGUCCUCACGCCGGUGCUGGCGGUGAUCUUGUGCUUGGUGAUCGGCUUCAUGCUGCUGAAUUCACGGUCGACGGAGACCACCUCGACCUCCGCGGGGAAAACAGAUGGGACGUCAAAAGCGGACUUUAGACCGUGGGUGGACCAGGACUUACAGGACGACACAGAGAUCACAGCAAAAGACGAUGAUGGUAAUGAUUGGGUGGACAGCAAUGAGGAGGAAGACCUUCCACACGUUCCCUACUCUCCCCCACGUUACCCCGAGGAGACGAUGCUGCAGAGAUCCAAGGAUAUGUACACUCUGUUGAAUCAGCGGAGGUCUGUCCGAUUCAUCAGCCCAGAGCCGGUCCCACGAGAAGUCAUCGAUAAUGUCAUCCGCACUGCAGGUACGGCCCCUAGUGGAGCACACACUGAACCCUGGACUUUUGUCGUAGUGUCAGACCCAGAGACGAAGCACCAGAUCAGACAGAUAGUGGAGGAAGAGGAGGAGGUCAACUACCGUCAGAGGAUGGGUGACAAGUGGGUCAGUGAUUUGGCCAGAUUAAGGACAAACUGGAUUAAGGAUUACUUGGAUGUCGCUCCAUACUUGGUCCUCAUCUUCAAACAGACCUAUGGGAUCCUACCAAACGGCAAGAAAAAGACACAUUACUACAAUGAAAUCAGUGUCUCCAUAUCUUGUGGAAUCCUGUUGGCUGCAUUACAGAACGUGGGCCUUGUUACUGUCACAUCGACUCCCCUAAACUGUGGCCCCCAGCUCAGGCUCCUCCUCAAGCGGCCAGCCAAUGAGAAGCUGUUGAUGUUACUUCCUGUGGGUUAUCCUGCUUCUGACGCCACAGUGCCUGACUUGAAGCGCAAACCUCUGGAUGAUAUUGUGGUGCACAUAUGACAGAAUCAGUCUGCAGAGAAAGAAAAUGCAAAAAGCUUAGAAAACAUCUUCUUCACCCGCAGCUGCAAAACCAACAAAACAUUUUCCUAAUGGAUAUUGCAAACAAGCUAAAAUUAUUGUUCAACAAUAAACCUAUGUAAAAAAAA